CACGAAUCAACAAGAAAUACAAGACGAGGAAUAAGCAAUAACAGAAUGGGAAGGAUAACAACAAUAGCACUAGGAUUCUACAACGUCUUCUUGUUCGCCUGCUUGACGCCGAAACCGGACGUUGCAGUAGUAUCGGCCUUCUCGCGGACCGGUCCGGGACUCCAGAACCGACCACGACGAUGCCCCGUCGACGGAACAGCGCUGGCGUCGACCAAUGGCCCGAGCGGUGGUGAUUUUGGAGAGCUCACCUCCGCCCUGGUGACACUGGACCAACAAUGGCAGAUGCAGCAGCAAUCGGGGCGGGGAAAGCCGCGCUGGUCGAAGCUUUUUCUGCCUCCCGAAGAUCCGGAGGACGGCGGCGACGAGAGCGAAACCCUUGGCAGCAAACCACGGGGAGAGGACUUUGUGUGGAUGCUGGAGCCCCCCUCGAGCUCGAUUCCGUCCUGCGUCGUCGUGUUCACCGGUGGUGCCGGCCUGGGGCAGUUCCCGCAGGUCGUGUACAACGAACUACUGACCAAGGUGUCCGACAAGCUCAACGCGGUCUGCAUCACGGCGCCCUACGAGGUGGGCCUCGAUCAUUUUUCCCUUGCCAAGGAAACGGGGGAACGCAUCCGCAGGGCCCUCUUGGUUCUGAACGACGACGAGGACGCCAAGCCAUUGCCAACGUAUUCCCUGGCCCACAGCCUGGGGUGCAAGCUACAAACCAUCUACAUGGCGGCAACGGGGCUCGAGAGCUCCUUUGACGGAAUCGGCUUCAUGGCCUUUAACAAUUUUUCCUUUGCGAAAACCAUCACCAUGGCCAGGUCCUUUGCCCAGGAACUAAGGGGGGGAGGUGGCAUGCCCAGCGCGAGCGGCAUGGGCGGCGUGAAUCCCGAAAUGAUCAACAGCAUCUUCGAUUUCGCCGAGAUGGCGGUCGGUGCGAUCGGGGUGGAUUUCUCUCCGAGUCCCCAGGACACCCAGCGCCUCAUCCAGCUGCGGUACAGCGAAUCCAUGAAGGCGAAAACCCGGCUCUUUGUCUUUGGUGACGACACCCUCGACUCGUCGCAGGAAUUCCGAGAUGCGUGCGAGUCGGGCGUCGGUGUCUCCAACCUCCCGGGGGGCCACCUGACCCCCGUCUACUUUCAGUUCAAGGUAGACGACCUAGCCGGGGAAGCGAUGGGGGGCCUGGGAGACAACUUUACGCCGGAGAACAUCAACAUGGCCAAGGAAGCCAUCGGUGGGUUCCAGGGGGCCUCCUUUGGGGACGAGGAAAACUUUUCGGCACUCGCAGACGAGGUAUGCGACUGGAUCCUUGGAAAGCCCCCCACCGCAGCAUCGAUCCCUAGAAUUUCGAGCGGCGGUGCCGAUUCAUAGACCGGCUAGAUCUCUCCGAUCGGGGGUACCAUCGAUCUCUUCUGCUAUGGCAUUAACUCUACAACAAAUAACUCGCGAAAUAAUACUAAAUAGAGGGAAAAUGUAAUG